GUGCUUUGCUUGUUGCUAUAAUGGAUAUCACUGCAAAUCUUUCUGCAGCUACGCAGCAGAAGCUAUCGUUCCCGAACAAGCAUGGCGAGAAACUUGUUGGCAUACUCCACGACACCGGCUCUCCAUACCUUGUAAUUCUCUGCCAUGGUUGUCGAUCCUCAAAGAAUGACAAAAUCUUGGUGAGUAUUGCUGCUGCUCUAGAAAAAGAAGGAAUCAGUGCUUUUCGUUUGGAUUUCUCCGGAAACGGGGAAAGUGAAGGUGAUCUCCAGUUGGGUAGCUACUCAAAAGAGGUUGAAGACAUAAGAUCUGCGGUCGAGUAUUUCACUGGUUCAAAGCGCUCACCAAUUGCAGUUCUUGGUCACAGUAAAGGUGGGGAUGCCGUCAUUCUGUAUGCAUGCAAGUAUCACGAUUUACCUGCCAUGGUAAAUCUUUCUAGUCCUUGUUUUCUCAAAAGCGGAAUGGAGGAAGUGUUCGGUAAAGAUAUCGGGGACAAACUCAAGAAGGAUGCAUCUGUGGAUGCUAAAUCCAAGACAGAAGAAAGCGUGGCAGAGGGACUCAAUACAGACAUGAGCGACACUCUCGUUCCAAUUGAUGCGAACUGCAGGGUGCUGACAGUGCACGGGGAUGCUGAUGAUGUUAUCCCGGUUGAGAGAGCAAAAGAGUUCGCCAAGAUGGUACGGAACCACCAGCUGAUAAUCAUACCAGGAGCCAAUCAUGGGUACACUUCACAGCACGAAGAGAUGGUCGCAGCUGUUCUGCCUUUCCUCAAGGAAUACAUGAGCUGCGAAGAAAGCCCCUCCAAUUAGGUUGAUCAUGUGGAGAGUGGAGUGCAGUGACCGAUCCAACAGUGCAAUGAACAAGUCCUGCUAAUGAAUAAUGCACCAUCCUAUGUUUAUGUUUGCCUGCUUCCAUGAAAAGACUUGUGCAAGUUUGAACUUUCUAAAUUUCAAGACAAGAGG